GAUAGAUUCACUUCUUUCGAACCUGAUUUGUUCCCCACCGAACUCCGUGAUCCACCAGCUCGAGGCAAGCUGAACCUGAACCCGGAACAGCGAACAGGAAAGUCGUUUCUCGAGAGCAGAAGACGUCACUCUUCCGUCUCAACAUACGAAAAUGUCCACCGCCGCCGGCGCCAAGCAACAGUCGUUCACGGAUUCAGAUUCCGAUUCCGACCACUCGCAGUCCGGCGAAUCCAACUCCGCCCGCCGCCACACCGACCUCUCCAAUUCCAUCUUCAAAUCCUACUUCGAGCUCACCGCAACCACCACCUCCGCCUCGCCGUCCCCGCACGACCUCUCCAAAAUCCAGUCGUUCCUCAACUCAUCCUCGUCCGGCGCCCUCUCAUGCCUCAUAUGCCUUGAACGAAUCCGCCCUUCCGAUCCCACCUGGUCCUGCGGUUCCCUUUGCUUCGACGUCUUCCACCUCCUCUGCAUCCAAUCGUGGGCUCGCCAGGCGUCCGAUCUCGCCGCCUUGCGAGCCUCCACUCGCCUCCCGAUCACCUCGCAGAAGGCCGACGAGACGGCGAUCUGGAAUUGCCCCAAAUGCAGGUCAGAGUAUUCCAAAUCUCAAAUCCCUAGGACUUACUUCUGCUUCUGUGGCAAGCUCGAGAGUCCUCCGAAUGAUAAUCCCUGGAUUUUGCCACAUUCGUGCGGCGAGGUAUGUAACCGUCCGUUGAAGAAUAACUGCGGCCAUUUCUGCUUGUUGUUGUGUCACCCGGGGCCGUGCCCUCCGUGUCCUAAACUGGUCAAGGCGUCGUGUUAUUGCGGCAAGAUUGAAGAUGUUCGGCGGUGUGGGUAUAAAGUGUAUUCGUGCAACAGUCGAUGCAAUAAGCUGUUGGGUUGUAAGAGCCACAAAUGUAAAGAGAUUUGUCAUGAUGGAGAGUGUCCCCCUUGUCACGAGCGCGGGGCUUAUCGAUGCCUGUGUGGGAAGAAAGAAGAGGAGAAGGAAUGUUGUGAGAGGGAUUUCAGAUGUGAGAUUCCGUGCAAGAAACCCUUGAGCUGUGGGAAGCAUUUGUGCGAGAAAGGGUGUCACUCUCCGGAAGGGUGUGGUGGAUGUCCGCUGCAAGGGAAGAGGACGUGCCCUUGUGGGAAGAGGGUUCAUGAAGGAAUGGCGUGUGAUGUUGCAGUGCCGCUAUGUGGAGAUACUUGUGGUAAAAUGUUGAGCUGUGGGUUCCAUAAGUGUCAUGAAAGGUGCCACCGAGGGCAGUGUGCUGAGACCUGCAGAAUGGUUGUCUUCAAGUCGUGUCGUUGUGGAAGCUUGAAGAAAGAGAUUCCUUGCUAUCAAGAUUUAGCAUGUGAGAGAAAGUGCCAGAUAGCGAGAGAUUGUGGACGCCAUGCUUGUAGACGUCGUUGCUGUGAUGGGGAUUGCCCGCCUUGUGGAGAGGUUUGUGGGAAGAGACUAAGGUGCAAGAAUCACAAAUGCCCUUCCCCUUGUCAUAGAGGUCCCUGUGCUCCCUGCCCUGUGAUGGUUCCAAUAUCAUGUGCUUGUGGUCAUACACGAUUUGAGGUUCCUUGUGGAACGGAGAAGGACCAAAAGCCUCCGAAAUGUCGAAAAUUAUGUGAAAUUCCUCCUUUGUGCAGGCAUGGGACAUACAUCAAGCCACACAAAUGUCAUUAUGGUGCUUGCCCACCUUGUCGGUUAAUUUGUGAAGAAGAGUACCCAUGUGGACAUAAGUGCCGAUUAAGAUGCCAUGGUCCCAUGCCCCCUCCCAAACCUGAAUUUAUGUUCAAACCAACUAAGAAAAGGCCUAUUCAUCAGAGUGAGUCUACCCCGGGGUCUCCUUGCCCUCCUUGCCCCGAACUUGUUUGGAGAUCAUGUGUUGGCCAGCACUAUGCUGCAGAGAGAAUGAUGGUCUGCUCGAACAAAACCAUGUUUUCUUGUGAAAAUCUCUGUGGGAAUCCUCUUCCUUGCGGCAAUCACCAUUGUACAAAGACUUGCCAUGCUCUGAAGUUCAAUACCUCAAAUUGGUUGGGUAAAAUUGCUACAAGUGAGUCGUGUGAAAAGUGUAAUCUUCCUUGUGAAAAGGAGAGGAAGCCUGGGUGUACACAUACUUGUUCUUUGCGGUGUCAUCCUGAUGAUUGUCCACCUUGCAAGGCGCUUGUGAAACGGUCUUGCCACUGUGGCUCUAUGGUCCAUGCUUUUGACUGCAUUUACUACAACAGCUUGUCAAAAAAGGAGCAAAUUUCUGCUCGUUCUUGUGGUGGACCCUGCCAUCGGAAGUUGCCUAACUGCACACAUUUAUGCCCAGAGACAUGUCAUCCAGGUGAAUGUCCAUCACCUGACAAGUGCAGCAAAAAGGUUACUGUUCGUUGUCGGUGUCAAACUUUGAAAAAGGAGUGGCUUUGCAAAGAUGUUCAGGAAGCCCACCGCGCAGCUGGUUCUGAUCCCAAAGAUGUGUCUAAAAAUCACUUUGGACUCGGACUUCUACCUUGUAAUUCGGAUUGCAAGGCUAAAAUUCAAGUUGUGGAGCAGGAACUACAUUUGCGUUCAUCAAAGGAUGCUGAGGUGAAAGACAGCACUACUGAAGCACAGCCUUCUAAGCGUAAAAAACGACGUCAACGGUUACAAGAAGCAAAGCAGUUAUCCACACUCCAGAAAAUUCUCCCCGCCGUGAAGAAGCUCCUUCUAGUGGUCAUCCUCGUGGGUACUCUGGUAGCUGCAUCAUACUAUGGUUACAAGGCUCUGAUGUGGCUCUCGGAUUACAUGAACGAAGUGGAAGAGCAAAGACACAGUAGCAAAAGAAGAUACCCCAGAAUCUAGCAUAUACACACCUGUGGACCCUCAAGUAAGCAUAUUCCUCGAAAACUUGCUGCUUCAUUUACUCUAAUAAAGCAAGCCUCACACAGCAGAGAACACUAAGAUUGAUGGGGAAAGGGGUUCAAGCCUGUAGGGAAGGAGGUCAAUAAUCUGCUUCAAUGAUUUGUGGGACUAGUUGGCUAAGAGUGGUUUUGUGUUUGGACAUUUGGAUUCCUUAUACCUGGAUUUACACACAACACUCACUCACUCACUUGGUAGAGGAAGGAUUGGACAUCCUGUUGUUGUUUUGGGUUUGUGUGGUUAUCUGUUGGAACCAAAUUGGGUGCCUCUACAGCAAAAUUAUUGGGCAGGCAAAAUUAUUGGAUAGUGCUUGUGGGAUGUUUACUUGAUAGUUGAUACUUAAAACCAUUUUAUUAUCUGUUAGUGAGACAUGAUUAUAAUAAUGUGUACAAUGCUGAUAGUGCAUAUUGUUAUAGAUGCUGCGAAUAUCAAUCCUGUUAAGUUAUUGAUAAACACAGCAUCGGGGACGACUGGUUUAGGUCUAAUAUUAGCAGUCAAAAAGACUAGUCGUUUACCUCGUUUGA